AUGUUCCCGACGAGCUCGCUCCUGCAACUUCCGAGCACCACCCCGAAACUCCACGCUUCUCCAUUCCUGAAUGGCUCCCAGUCAGGAAGACCCUCUCUCUUCUCCUCCCCGAAGCCCUGCUCCUUGGCUUCUCCCCGCUGGGCGCCGACAUCCCUCCCGCUAACUGUCCGGGCCAUGAGGACCCUCCAAGGUAGGGUGGUCUCCGACGCCAACGAUAAGACGGUGGCGGUGGAGGUGACAAGGUUGGCGCCUCACCCCAAGUACAAGAGGCGGAUCAGGAAGAAGAAGACGUACCAGGCCCACGACCCCGAGAACAAGUUCAAGAUCGGCGACUUCGUCCAGCUCGAGAAGUCCCGCCCCAUCAGCAAGACCAAGACCUUCCUCGCCAUCCCCGUCGCCGCCAGGAACGCCCCCAAGCCUGUUGAGGACGUUCCUCAGGAUCUCGGUCUUCCCCUGGAAUCUCAAACAUAG